UUUCAACCUCCAUCUUCCAGACUCUACGUGACCAAUUCGGUUGCCCGUAAACUCGAUGCGUUCCAAAUCGGCCAGCGCGCCACCAAUUACAAAAAGCAAUUGGAUCGAAAGGAUUGCUUCAAUACCUCAAAAACUGUCAUGGCUUGCAUCUGCGCAUCCAGUCCAUACGGUCGUCCUCGUGUCUCUCCUCGUCAGCUCAGUGUAUGUGUCUCUGUUGGAAAAUUCGCUCCUCGAUUCUCGGGACAAGGGAUACGCUCGUGCAGCCCCUUCAUUCGGAAACGCGAAGCACCUGUAUGCUGGCCCGGACACAGAAUGGAAGUGGCAUAAUGCUCGCUUCAGCGAUCAGCUCGGUCAGGAUGUUGAUCAUCGUGCGAUUGUGAACUUGGAGUUUAGUGAUGCCUCUGAGGAAGUGCCGUUCGCUUCGCUACCGGAUCAUCUGGAUGUCGAGUCACUGUCGGUCGCUACGCUCUCCAGUGAUAAUACGCAAUCGUUGUUGGUUCCGCAUGGCAAACUACACGACGUGCUAUCGUUCAUCCGCGGAAUGAAAAUUCCAGGAGAGGAACGCACCUGGGUGAUGAAGCCCCAAAGUCAGCCCCAGAUGAGUCUUAGACGCCUCUUCCGCGACGAAUUCAACGAGCUCGUCCACCGCUUCAAGAUCGCCAGCCCUCUCGAUGUCGCCGUCAUGGCAUCCGCCUAUAUCGCCAUGCACUUGACCUUUGCUUCGCUCUUCCUUAGCAUGUAUCGUAUGGGUUCCCGCUUCUGGCUUGCGACAAGCAUUCUCAUAUCUUCAACCUUUGCGUUUCUCUUCGCUCUGUUUGCGACUCGCAGGCUUGGAUUCCCGGGCCAUGUCGGUAUGCUAUCAGAGGGUUUGCCAUUCCUGGUCAUUACAGUGGGCUUCGAGAAUCCCAUCAAGCUUACCCAAGCGGUCUUGUCCCACGGUCGCGCUCCGGCGGAGAAAAUUCCCCAUGUUGAUCGCGGCACUUGGAUGAGCGUGAUUCCCCGCGCGAUUGAGACCUCGAUCCAGCAGGAAGCCCCCGGAAUCAUUAAGCACUAUGCUGUUGAGAUUGCCGUCCUACUUGCCGGAUCCCUCUUCAGCGUUGACAAUGCGCUUCGACACUUCUGCUUCCUUGCAGCGUGGAUCCUCUUCUUCGACUGCGUUUUGCUCUUCUCGUUUUACACUGCCAUUCUGUGCAUCAAGCUCGAGAUUGUCCGACUGCAGAGUGGUAGAACAGAGGUGCCCAAUGGCAAGAAUUUGAGCCAGACAACCCUGUUCGGCCACUGGAUCUCGCCCUGCCGGGUGCGCAAGUUCAAGCUCGGGAUGAUUAGCGCCUUCAUCCUCCUAAACGUCAUGAACAUGGUCGUCUUGCCUCUGCGCAGCGUGUCUGGCCGUCCGAGCUUUGCGACAUCGCAUAGUGCGCAAGCGCAUCCCUCACCUUCCAACACACUCUUCCAGACCGGUCUAGAUACCGUCUUGCACCAGGCGAUUCAGAAUGGCCAACGGACACUUCUGACCGUUGUGCCUCCGAUCCGGUUUGAACUUGAAUCCAUGCAGUCCGGGGUAGGCGGCAACACCGCGGAUGGCAUCUCGCGCUAUGCCAUGGGUAGCCUUCUGAAGACGAUGGAGGACCCGAUCCUCUCGAAGUGCAUCAUCACAGCUUUGGUUAUCAGUGUCGCGCUGAACGGUCGCCUCUUCUCUGCGGCCCGGAACGGAUCGAAAGACUCCAACUCAUCCGUCGGUACUCGCCCGGACACUUCCAGUGUAACGACUCAGCCGAGACAGGAGCAGCCGCACCUAUCUGAGAAGAAACAGGAGGUAGAGCAACAGAAUCAGCUUGAAAGCGCUCUUGAGCUUGCACUGACAUCUACGCUGAAUGGAACGCGCUCCCAAGAGGACUGUCAACGCCUCAUUCGUGACGGCAAAGGCGCUGUACUCACAGACAAUGAACUCAUCAGCCUCUCCUUAAACGGCAAGCUCCCUCUCCACGCACUCGAGAAAACGGUAAGAGACUUCACCCGCGCUGUGAAACUCCGUCGCGCCAUCAUCUCCCAGACAAUCGCCACCUCCAGUCUUACCAGGUCCCUCGAAAGGUCUGAGCUCCCAUACGAGCAAUACGACUGGUCCCGCGUCUUCGGCGUCUGCUGUGAAAAUGUUGUCGGAUACAUGCCUGUUCCAGUUGGUAUGGCCGGUCCGUUACUCAUUGAUGGCAAGACCUAUUUCCUACCAAUGGCGACGACAGAGGGAGUCCUUGUUGCUGGUGUCAUGCGCGGGAGUAAAGCGAUCAACUCCGGUGGAGGUGUAAGCACGGUGCUGACUGCGGAUGGUAUGACCCGUGGUCCCUGUGUCACGUUUGAAUCUCUGGAACGAACUGCAGAGGCAAAACAGUGGCUUGAUUCGAUUGAUGGCCAGAGUGCCAUGAAGGCGGCGUUCAAUUCAACCACCAAAUAUGGACGCCUACAGUCAAUGAAGUGUGUCAUGGCUGGGACGAAUUUGUAUAUCCGGUUUAAAGCUAGCACGGGCGAUGCGAUGGGUAUGAACAUGAUCUCGAAAGGCGUUGAGCAUGCUCUUGAGACUAUGCGAAGCAAGGGCUUCGAGGACAUGGACAUUAUCUCACUGAGCGCAAACUACUGCAGCGACAAGAAACCAGCGGCGAUUAACUGGAUCGAUGGACGUGGCAAGAGCGUCGUGGCGCAGGCUACUAUUCCCGCCGAGGUCGUCAAAUCCGUCCUCAAGACUGAUGUCGAGUCGCUGGUUGCUCUGAAUGUGGAUAAGAAUCUCAUCGGCUCGGCCAUGGCUGGUUCAAUCGGGGGAUUCAAUGCACACGCUGCGAAUAUCGUUGCUGCAAUGUACAUUGCAACGGGCCAGGAUCCGGCGCAGGUUGUUGAGAGCGCGAACUGUAUCACCGUUAUGAAGAACAUCCGCGGCUCCCUCCAAAUCUCCGUCUCCAUGCCAUCUCUCGAAGUCGGAACAAUCGGAGGUGGAACAACGCUUGGACCUCAGAGGGCUAUGCUCGACAUGCUCAGUGUUCGGGGCUCUAACUUGGAGAAUCCUGGCGAGAACGCGCGACAGCUUGCACGAAUCAUCGCUGCCGGAGUCCUCGCCGCCGAGUUAUCCCUCUGCGCUGCGUUGGCUGCAGGACACUUGGUUAAGGCGCAUAUGCAGCAUAACCGCGCUCCUGCCCAGUCUGCUAAUUGACGAAAUGUGGAUUGAGGAUAGAGGAUGUCCUGCCUGACCUCCUAGCAGCAUCUUUGUCUGCAUAACGUAUAAGUUUCUCGCACCGAUAGAUGUCGCUCCUUAAAUAUACCUAUCUCUACCUAGCAGGUGCCUGCACCGCUAUAUAUCUCGUUCCUCUUAUAAGAGGGUACUUGCAAGACUCCUUGUGUCCCUGUAGAUUCAUCUUCAUGGUAGCUAUAAUUUUAGUGUGUUACUUCGCUCCGCCAAAGCCGAUCUGGAACUAACAAGUAUGCAUUCAUUCGGACAUACUAGUCACUGCUCCAGGACCAUUUUAAUGCCAGAAAUUUGUAAGUGUGUCAUCUACCAG